GGUAGCCACAAGACUUACAUCGACUAAACGCAACUCCUCGUCAGCUGCGCGCUCCAUAUGCCUGUCAAAGCAGCAUAGCAAUGGGAAGUUCACCAACAGCGCUGUCAAGUGUUUAAACCUACUCGUAACUAACCGCGUUUUUUUUUAGUAGAACAACAAACAUCUCCCAGCUCUACCGGCAAAGGUUAUUGCUCAACUCUCGUUAAAAAAAAAAGAGGAGAGAUGGACCCGAGAGACACAGCUCCGGAUUCGUGGGAGCUGGAAGAAGACGCCGAGGCCCCGGCCACCUCGGCGGCUCUCCCGUGCGCCUUCGCCGCACUCAACGUCAACGCCAAGCCGUUUGUCCCCAACCUCAACGCCCCGGUGUUCGUGCCUACCUCCAUUCAAAGCACCGCUGCCGGAAUGCCUCCUUCCGACGGUACCCCUGAUCCAGUUGGUAGCAGCAUGGAGGUGGCACAGACAGUCGCUCCAGUUGAGAACGGCAGCUCAGAGGCAGACAUGGCAGCCGACGACGAGACGUGGGAGCUGAACGAUGAGCCGGGCGGAGGCGGGGGUGGUGGCGGACAGGAGGACCCGGCCGCGACGGGGGAUUGUCCGCCCUACGCUGACAGCCAGGAGGAUGAGAUGAUCAUGGAGGAGGAAGAGGAGGAGAUCCCUAUGCCUAAAGUGGCGCCUUCAACGCCAGAUGCGCCCAAGAAAGAACAUGUGAAUGUUGUCUUCAUUGGUCACGUGGAUGCUGGAAAAUCAACGAUUGGUGGACAAAUAAUGUAUUUAACUGGAAUGGUGGAAAAACGAACUUUGGAAAAAUAUGAAAGGGAAGCAAAAGAAAAAAACAGAGAGACAUGGUACCUGUCGUGGGCUCUGGACACAAACCAGGAGGAGCGAGACAAAGGAAAGACUGUGGAGGUGGGAAGGGCAUAUUUUGAGACGGAGAAAAAACACUUCACAAUCCUGGAUGCCCCUGGACACAAGAGCUUUGUCCCCAACAUGAUCGGAGGAGCGUCACAAGCCGAUCUGGCUGUCCUGGUCAUUUCAGCGAGAAAGGGCGAGUUUGAGACGGGUUUUGAAAAAGGCGGACAGACUCGGGAGCACGCCAUGCUGGCCAAAACGGCAGGCGUCAAGCAUCUCAUUGUCCUGGUCAACAAGAUGGACGACCCCACUGUCAACUGGAGCCUAGACAGGUAUGAAGAGUGUAAGGAGAAGCUGGUGCCAUUUCUCAAGAAGGUUGGCUUCAACCCCAAAAAGGACAUCUACUUUAUGCCUUGCUCCGGACUCACAGGUGCCAACCUCAAGGAACCCGUACCUGAAUGUCCCUGGUACACGGGGUUGCCAUUUAUUCCCCACUUGGAUAGUUUGCCAAACUUCACCAGAUCCAUCAACGGGCCGGUCAGACUCCCCAUCGUAGAUAAGUACAAGGACAUGGGUACAGUCAUUCUCGGGAAGCUGGAGUCCGGAACCAUUAGCAAAGCCCAGCAGUUGGUCAUGAUGCCAAACAGGCACAUCGUGGAAGUACUGAGCCUGCUUAGCGAUGAGGUGGAGACUGAUGACGCAGGUCCAGGGGAGAACCUGAAGAUGAGGCUCAAGGGCAUCGAGGAAGAGGAGAUCCUGCCCGGUUUCAUCUUGUGCAGCCCCGACAACCUUUGCCACACCGGCCGCACCUUUGACGCUCAGAUUGUCAUCAUUGAGCACAAAUCAAUCAUUUGUCCUGGUUACAAUGCAGUACUUCACCUCCAUACCUGCAUCGAAGAGGUGCAAAUCUCAGCCUUAAUUUGUAUGGUGGACAAGAAGACGGGAGAGAAAAGUAAAACACGUCCGCGCUUCGUGAAGCAGGUCCAGGUUUGUAUCGCCAGGUUCCGGGCGGCGGGAGUCAUCUGCAUGGAGACUUUCAAGGACUUUCCUCAAAUGGGGCGAUUCACGCUACGUGAUGAAGGCAAAACCAUCGCCAUCGGAAAAGUGCUGAAGCUGGUGCCGGAAAAGGACUAAAUGCAAGCGAGAUCCAAGUUGUGUAAUGCUGCUUGUCACCAGAAGAGCACUGCUGCUCGGGCCAACCACAACAGCGACUCUUUUCUUUAUGCUAUACUAUGCUAAAGAGAAGAACUUCCAACAACGGAGCGAAGAGGGGAAUUAAUUGCGUCAAAUGAAAAUAACAAGACUGGAUCAGUUUUUAUGAUGAACAAUCGACAGUGAGAGAGUGUGAGUGUCCAGCGUUCUCAUAUUGAGAGCUCUGCAAUAACACUAAUGUAGCGACAGUACAUGGCUGAAAACGCUGCCGGCUGGCCAUACCAAUCGUUUUUACUAUGGAGGUGGAUGCAGUGUUACUGAGUCUGGAGAGAACAAAAAUACAAAAAUGCAGGAUGAUUUUGUUCUCUAUAAAAACCAA